CGCAUGACGUAUGGUGCGGUUUCCAUGCGAUCUAACAACACACGCCCGGGAACUGCGGGCACAUCAUUGACAUGUGAGAUCGCACGAAUAUACAUCGGUGCCGUUCCAAACAUCAUAUCACAUCUCCAGAGGUAUUCAGGUAUUAAUCCAAGACUUGCAAAAAACCCCAGCAACCAAGAAAAGUAUACAGCAAAGCAGUCAAAGAUGUCGUCUGCAGCAUCCUCCAACCCAAAGCCUAACCACGAGCGAAUGGCCGACGCCGAGAAACACAUCAAACGCAACCCACACGGCAACUUCAAAGAAGUCGAAGCCAGCCGUCCGGAGUGGGACUCGGAGAUCCAAUGGGGCUACACGCAAACCAAGAAGCCCUCCUGGAAAGCCGGCGACGGCGCCAACGACGACGGCGCCAGCCUGUCAAAAUCACACAUCGACAUCGAUCCCUACGAAGAAGGCCGCCCGGCAGCCUUCAACUACAAGCUCCUCAUCUCCGGCAUCAUCCCGCGACCGGUAGGCUUCGUCAGCACGCGGUCCGCGGACGGGACGAGCACUAAUCUGGCUCCGUUCUCAUAUUUCUCCGUGGUGAACCACGACCCGCCGAUCUUCACCGUGGGGUUCUCGGGAGGGUUUGACAAGGCCAAGGACAGCCUGCGCAAUCUGAAGGAGUCCGGGGAGUGUGUGUUGAAUAUCAUCAGCGAGCAUUACCUCGAGGCGGCGAAUUCGACCAGCGUGAAUGCUCCCUAUGGGACCUCUGAGUGGGCGCUUUCGGGUCUGACGCCGGCGCCGUGUAAGGAUGUCAAGGCAAGUCGAGUCAAGGAAGCGGUGUUCAGCGUUGAGGGGAAAUUGGUCGAGACGAAGGAGUUUGAGAGCAGGAGUAAGCCUGGGGAGAAGAGUGGCGUGCUCGCGAUCAUCGAGGGCGUGAGAUUUUGGGCGCGCGAAGAUGCCAUCAAUGAAGACAAGAACUUGUUGGACCCUGCUGUGAGAUACAACCUAUCGGCAUUUUUGCUUCUGGGAACGAUGCUGAUGAUGAUCAUAGGUAUUGCGACCAAUUGCACGCCUGGGUGGCAUCACCUAUGCCCGUGUACACGAAGGCAUCGAAAUUCCACGGCCGGACUGGGACGAGCUCAAGACAGACGCUGCAGACCUUGUGAAACCAAAAGCCGAUUCGCAAUAGAGAUAGAUAGACGCUAUAUGAAGUAUAUGAAGUCCCAUCAGAAAUUGCAAUUAUGCGAAGAAGAUUUUCCCGAAGAUGCGUAACGUCUUUUCCAUCGAUAAACACUCUCGCGCGAAUCCGCGAGCACAUCGUCUCACAUCCCAACCUAAACACGUUCCCCCCGGGUAUCACAUCGUCAUGCCAACACCCAAAUAACCUUCCCCGUACAUGAAGUUCUGUUCAAUGAGAAAUCGUAGGAAAUGCCACCGACGGACAUGAAAGCCACAACACAGAGGGGACGACAGACAAUGGCUGGUCAUGGAUUUGAGUGCCUGCCCGCUUCAUCCGACGAAUGGCUCGAUGGCGAGCCUGCGUGGUAAGUCGAGU